UCCUGUCAAGUCAUGGCAAUGGCGGAAGAGGCACUUCAGUAGUGAUGUUUCUCGCUCACUUGUAGUGUGAAGUAAUGGCAUAUUUUGACCUAGAUUACGAUGAUUAUGAUGAGUAUGGAUAUUUUGAUGUCGAUGAAGAAGACUGGUGGGAUGAAUACACCUACUAUCGCGAUGAAGAAGAUGCUUACAAGAGUAUGUACUACUCAAAAGUUUUCUACAACCUUCCUGACAGCCAUUUCAUCACUGAUGUCAGUUUGAGAAAAGAUUACUUGCACCCAAGUUCAGUUGAGGAUGUUAUAUCAUAUGAAAAGCUUUUCUCAAUUAUUGCAAAAAUUGAGAAGCUGUUUAAUCUAUGGCAAAAGAGGCUGAGUCAUGAAUGGAAUAAAGAUGUAAAAAAUCCACUGCAUCUUUGUAAUGGAAAUGACAAGGAUAAGACAGAUUGUGCAACCACUGAAGAAAGUACAGGAAAAGGAGACAAGAAUAAAGACGAAUCAAACCCUGUUCCUGCUGUCUGUCCACAUUUCUUGGAAGCUGUACAAGUUCUAGAAGAAUAUGGAAUCAUGCAUAACAUUUUUUCUCCAAUGCUGUCCGAUGACGAAGAUGUCUAUGAUUUGUUGGGCCAUUAUGACAGUGAUGAAUGGGAUUCCUCACUAGAUGACAUGUAUUUUCCUGCUGUUAAAGCUGGGAAAAGUGCCAAAGAGAGUAAUGAUGCUAAGCUUAGGUACCAGAAAAGUGCAGAGAAAUUUUAUGCUGCAUUUCCGAAAGAAGAAGACGCCAAGGACGUUCUAAAUGACUUGACGAGCAUGAAAAAUUGGAUAAGCAGUCUGUUUAUAUCAAGCUUAGUUCGAAACACUGGAAGACUGCUCCCCCAUCUUGUGAUGGAGAAAAUAUUUGAAAUGUUGCUUAACAAUUACGGUGAGCCACAAAUGAAGAUGGGCUCUAUUGCUAAAACAAAGCGAUUUGUUGAUGUCGAGAAUUUAAGGCGGAAAGAGCUUUACUUGGCCUACUUGGAAAUCCACGUGAUUCUGUUCGAGAUCUUGUUUAAAAAUCAAAAUAUUUCUAGUACACUCUACCUAAAGGAACUUGUAAGAAAACUUUUUCAAACUAUGUUACAUAGAUUCACUAUGCUAGAAGAACUGGUGUCAUGGCUUCAGGGUGAUUAUGUAUCGGUUCCUGAGACCCCAAAAGGUUUCAUGUCUGGACGCUAUUACUGCAAAGCUUUGAAAGGCUCGAGUAAAGACUUUGAUUAUCUCCAUACAUUCAAUGAUAGCUGUUCAAGCUUAAGUGGGCAACAUUUGGCUGUACUGCUCCGUGGUGUAUCAAAAGAAGGACUAGUGAAAAUCUAUGAUGUAUCAACAUUCGAAUGUGUGAAGAGACACUGCAUAGAUCGAGAUGACUUCGCACUUUCAGUGGCUCUUCUAGAUGACCAUUUUGCAUUACUUUUGAAGAAGAAUGCUUGUUGCUGCAUUGAACUUCACACUUCCCACAGUAUUUCCUACAGAAAGCCAUCCGUAGUUGAAUUAGGCGCGUCUUGUAGAGAUGGUCCCAAAAGACUGUUAUUUACCAAAUUCGAGAGGGAGAGGAAGCUGCUAGUUCAAAAAGAGGAUGACGUAAUUAUCGUAGAUAUCAACAAUGAUGGCGACGAUACCACCAUGACUAUUGAGAAGACUUUCUGCUCGAUGGAACUUCUUGGAGUAAAGGAACGAUAUCUGUUUGUCCGGCAAGGUGUCAAGGAUGUAGGUUACUUUAAUAUUGCAUCUUCUGCAAAAGUCGACACUAGUAUAAAAGUUUUCGAUCUGAAAUCAAGCGCUCUUUUAACUCUUAUUCCGAAUCCUGAUAAAGAUAGUACUUUGUACCCUAAAAAGUGGUCCGUAGCACUCGAUUCCGCACCCGGGAGCUUGAAGUUUGCCAUUUGGAUUGGCGAAAGAGUUGAAUUAUGGGAUUUGGAAGGUAAGAUAGAGAAGAAAAAGGAAUUUGGUUUGGGCAAGCGACUGAAUAAUGGAACCAAAUGUGUUUUGAACGGUGAUAUUUUAGCAGUACAAAGCAUGCAACAUAAUGUGGACAGCAGUUAUGAUUCAGUCCAGUUAACUGAAACUCUUUUUUAUGACGUGAAUUCAGAAGAGAUUUCUUAUCAUGAAACCUAUGACAAUUUUUGGGAGCGCCCGCAGUGUCAUAUAUCUAUUUCCAGCGGUCGUGUGUAUGGUCUGCUUAUGGGAGACAAUGUAUUGGUUUCCUUGCAUUUUGCUGGUAAUGGCGGUGAAAUGCGAAUCUGUAAUUUUGGUUUGAGUCAAGAGAAAAUUAUUAGCCUCCAAGUUGUUGAAUUGAUGGAGAAAAGAAGAGAGGAAGAAGUUAAGCGGCUAAUCAAGGAGGCUGAGAGAAAGCGGCAAAACGAGGAGCGCAUGCGCAGAAAAGAAGAGCAGAGACUAAAGAGACUUGAAAAGAAACGCAAACAAAGAGAGGCGCAGCAGAAGAAGAAACAACAGGCUGAUACUCUACGCAACAUAGCCAACACUGGAGCAUUCGUAAUCGGAGAAAUAACAGAAUGGAGGAUCACGUACGGGUUUUUGCGCAUUAAUGGAAUUGGGGAUGCCUUUAUACAUAUCAGUGACAUUCUAGGGCGGCCGCGCAUCAGCCCUGGAUGUCGCAUUCGCUGCAAACUUCAAGACCAAAUUGGACAUCCACGACCAAAAGCUGUGCAAGCCAGUUUGUUCUAGCUUCAAACAUGGCUUUUUGUUGGUUUCGAUCAAGGACUAGCAUUUGGUACCAGGCACUUUUUGUGCAUUUGAGUUAAUUCUUUCUAACAUAGAUACCAGAUUUAAUGUUGGUACUUGUUUUCAGAAGUUCUAACGUAGUAUUAAUCUUGUCUUAUGAUAAAGGUAACUUAAGUCAUCGUUUGAAUAAAAGUAUCUUUCUCUUUCGGUGUUGCCCCCCCCCCCCUCCCCAAUAGAAUUAAUUGAUGUUGGUUACCCAAACAAAUUUCAAAAAACUGUAUGCCACAACCAGUUUCCUAUCCUGUGGAAAACAAAGGUUGUGAAUUACUAUUCAUUGACAUUAAUUGACACUGAUUGUUGGAAAGAACUUUUAUGAAUAACAAAACUUAACUUUUAUUAAGUUACUUCUAGAAGUGUGUUAAAUACCGGUCAAGCUUUUUACCAGCUAUCUUGGCUCUUUUGCUCUAUGUGCUGUUUUCAAUGUUCUCUAGGGUUAUACCUCAAGCCUCAUUAUUCGCUCUUUUAUUUGCUCCUCUUCUGUUGGCCGUUUUUCCAAGAAUUACAAGUAACAAUGUAGAUAAGAAUAUUUUCAUAUAAAAUAAUCAAAAAUCUUUAAAUUUGAUAAAGAUGCAUAACGAGUAGAAUAACGUAGCAGUUCUGUUUUGUUCUCCGCAUGAAAUUGCCUUUUCGAAUUGGAAGGUUUCUUUCCUCUUCCCAUUUUGUCGUUCUCAAGCUUUUUCUCAUUUUUCUUACUCUUUGUUAUCCUAGCUGGUGUUUAUUUGCCAGGUUCUUUGGCACUCGUAUAGGGUGCACUGCAUGUGCAUUGUAGUGCAGACUUAUAAGAGCUACGAUGAAAUGAUGUAGUACAUUUGGGUGUGGAUAAAAGAUUCCUUAGAUGACGAUAAUGUCAUAAAAAUCUGUCUUUAGAAUUUUUUUAUUUGAACAUAUGAUAUGAAAUAAAACCAAAAAUACCAAUAAAUUUGUCGAAAGACUUGAAAAUAUUACUAAAUGCUUGUGAUUUGGCCACGUGAGUACAAGCUCUUUUCCUUUCAAAUGGCAGUUAUUUUGUUGUGGUUUAUAACGUUCGUGAACCUGGACAGAACAUUCGAAUCUAGCUAGCAUCUUUCAUUGGACAUCAAGGAUUCAUGCAUUCACAUUUGUAAGGAACUCUUUGUUAUAUGAAUAUUAUAAUGGCCCAAAUCAAAGGGUUUGUGAUAAGUCAACAAUUAGACCAUGAAGUUUGCUUUGCUGAUAAUUAUUAGACUCAUAGAAAUUAUUUGAAAAAAAUAUGAGGUUUCUUGUUUGUUCGACAAUAUCUGGCAACUUUCUCCAAUAGUUACUAUUUGAUUCAUCGUUCUCCCAAUCACACUUUUUUAUAAGAAUGCUAUACAUUUUGUCCAGCCUUGAGGUAUUCCUAUUCUUUCAAAUUUGAUAUGGUUUCAUAAGAAUAUUGCUUACACUGAUAAAGAAACCACGCUUUUUGAAAAGACGAUAUUUGUCAGUCGUGCGAUUCUCUUUUGAUAAAUAUUGCAGAGCAUGAAAAUCGCAAGUGCUGUAAAAUGCGACAAAAAUAUGCGAGCUGAGGCUGAGCAAUAUUCUUGCAAUAUUCUUAAGAAUUGGAUGGUUCUAAGCCUGAAUGUCCUUGUAAACAAUAUUCUUAUAAAGAAAAGUAUAUACAGUAUAAUCCGGUUAUAACGUACUUUAAGGGACCAGCGUAUUAAGUACGUUAUAUCCGAAGUACGUUGUAACGAGGGUAAGUAAAAAUUGAUUAAAACCAAGCACAUCUUUUGCCUGGACCAAGCACACCAGUACGUUAUAUCCGAAAGUACGUAAUAACCGAGUACGUUAUAAUGGGAUUCUACUGUAGUAAAGUUCCCUGUAGUUCUACAAAAAGGGUACGACCUUAGCCAUCCUUUAUACCUGAUGCAAAGCUUUGUAUUUUAAGGAUUCUGACAAGAGUUUCAACAGUCCGCAACAUCUUUUUUUCUAAUCUUAUUGUAAUUCGAAAUACAAAAAAUUUUAGGCGUUAGCUCGCGGUAUUUGUGCGCUUUGAAUCGCGUUAUUUGUGCGCUUUGAAUCGCGUUAUUUGUGCGUGCUAGAUCACGUAAAAUUUUCCACUCCAAUGGCAACGCAAUUCAGAAUUAAACAUGAAGAAUUUGACGCAGUUUAUCGCGAUUUAACGCGCAGUCUUGGAAAGAAAACUUCUUGAUUUCAAAAUCCAAUUUUGGGACGUGACAACAUUGGAUCGAAGAGAGCUGACAGGAACCUCGUUUUGAAGAUUUUCUUGCAGGCCUGUUGAAAAUGGCUUCCCCUUACAGAUAAGAAGUGGUAAAAGAAUUUCUCCUUUAAAAAUUUCUUCAUGUUCCUUGAAAUUUAUCUGUAUCUCAACAUCAGGUCGCGCAAAUUUUAAGUGGAAAUGGAGUCGGGGUAAAAAUUAGCGCACCGUCGGGAUAUAACAAGCUGAAAUAGCGUGGGUCAACGCCUAGUGGAAGCCAAGAUAUACUGUUCAUGUUACUGUUAUGACCCCUUAAGCAGCAUCCUACUGUAAUUAUCAUCAUUUCAAAUCCUAUGACAUCACCGGUCGAAAAAGAGGCUGGUAGAUAACGCCGGGAAAUAUAUCGCCGGAAAACCAGUUCCCAUUGUUCUGCUUUCAAGCGGACAACCUGUUUCACAACAAAACAAGAUGCAGUUUGAUCAUAAGGUCAAUGAAUCCCUGAUCCGUUUUUGCGCUUGUGGCUACGGCUGACGGUUUGAUUAUUAUUUGAUCUUACGUAAUUAUUCAUCAACAGCUCUUGUUAGGGCCAUAAUUCUGCUGGAGAGCGAAUUUGGUAGCUUUGCAGGUUUUAAGUGAGAAUCCUAGCAUUAAUUUUACAUUUAUUUAAAGAGUUGGAUGGACAGAUGUAAGAGCCGAAGGUUUGGAGACAGGAACGUUUUGCAUAAUAUGGAAGGAAUCAAGCAUCAGUUAACUGCUUUGGUUGUUUUGGCUUGUAUUGGCCUAAGUUUUUCGAAGCCAGCGCAGAAAGAGGCUGCUAAAGAAUGUAAAGAGCCUAUUGGUAUCCAAACUGGUUUCUUGGAAACCCGAGACAUCAAAACAUCUACAGCACAGAAGAAUUUUACGGUAAGCGAUGCAUGGUGCUCAACCCAAAAUAAUGACAAACAGUUUUUUGC